AUGCUCUGUAGGGAAGACGUUCACAAAAGGAUGCUUAUAAGAGUAAUAAAUACCGGAGGUAGUAAGAAUGGUACCAAUAAUCAUUUGAAUGAUUUGGAGGACUGUGAUAGCCAUGCCCCAUUUUGGUUUUUUCCCACAGGAGGAAAGAUAGUAAUAAAAGUACAUAAUGGAGUGGACGAAGUAGUUAAUGGCACAAAAGAGGACUCCAAUGGUUUGGCAGUGGGCGUAUGCAUCCCAUGUAUAUAG